AUGGCAACCGAUUCAGGAACAGACCCGACCACAGACAAGCCAAGCGGCCUUUCCCAAAACAUAGCAUGGACCGUGCACAAAGGCUCAUUCAUUGCCCACAUUUCCGUAGUAAUGAUAGGUCACUCCAUCCUACGCUUCGUAUUCACCAAAGAAAUUGCGUAUCAGGUGACGCCUCUGCUGUACAACGUAAUUACGUUCGUAUUCUUUCACUUGAUUGUGGGCGAUCCCUUUGACACACGCUUUAACGAUCAUUCGUUCUGGGAACAGAUGGUUGAGCAGCUUGGAUACGGUACCGCCACGAUCUUUUUUAUGGUGCUUCCGAUUGUGAUGUUUAUAUUGAUCAAUCAUUUGGUUGUUUGGAACGUUUACCUGUUUUAUUUGAACAUUUUGUCGCUGAUAUUGGUGGUGGUGCCCAAAUUGGGCUUCAUGCACCGAAAAAGGGUGUUUGGGCUUGGGCGUGAGGAUUAGACAAUACUGAGGUGCCAGAGAUGUAUGAACUGGUAAGUGUAUCAUUAAAAGAAUAAUAUGUAGCGGUA